AGUACACAUAAUUCAGCGCCAAAAAAAUAAACCAGUUAUCUCACACAAAGCCAUCCUCAGAGGCCUAAAAAUAUUUAAAAAAAAAGUUACAUAAUCUUCGAGCGUUUUAGUUGCCACCCGCCCCCAAUCCCGUCUUGACAUCACGUGGCAAUUUUUACCCCUUUGGAUUUUCAGAUAUAUGCUUUUAUAAUCUAUUAUGAUAUUAAUUUAUAUACACGUGUUAUGUUGUAUGUCAUAUAUAUAUAUAUAAAAUAGAAGAAAAUGAUAACAUCGAUGGAAGAAAUAGAGAGAGAAUGCGAUAAUGAUAGAAUACAGAAAAUUGAAGAUAAUUUUUUUUUUUUUUUUUUUGACGAUUUGGUAACUCAGAGGCCCCGCCCACACCGUAAGAAAUUCGUUGAUAACUCUUUCGUUCUCAGAAGGAGGAAGAGAGAGGGAAGAGAGAGGAAGAGAGAGGGAGAGAGAGGAAGAGAGAGAGAGAGACGGAGAGAUAGAGAGAGAGGCGAUAACAUUGCGAAAAGGCCUGAAUCUGCUCAUAAAAUAUCAGAGGUUUGCAGACGACCAGCGGACACCAUGAAGAUCGAUAGGCAUAUGAUACCCAUGAAGAUGCACUACAUACUAAGAUACGCAGGCACCGGUCCUCUCAUGCCUUUCCUGACGGUGAUUGCUCGUCAGAAGGGCUUAGCUAACGAGGUGGUCGGUCUCAUCUGGACGGUGAUGCCCUUCGCUAGUAUAUUAGUCAAGACGUCAGCAGGAGCCAUGGCUGACUAUCUGAGAGCCCACCGCGCCUUCUUCGUGACGUCAGUAAUGGUCCUCGGAGGGUCGCUGACGGGGAUUUACUGGUGUCCUGACAUCACUCCUGAUAUCGCGAAUGACAACGCUCCAAAUAGGACCAGCGGGACCAUGCGUGACAACACGACUGACAUCACUAAGAAUCUCCUCUCUGACAUCACUAAGAACAUCACUUUUGACCUCACCAAGAACAUCACUUUUGACAUUACCUCUGACAUCAGCAACGCCUCCAGGACACAUCCCACGACGGGAAAAGGAGAGUCCGAAGGCUGUUUUGGCGAAGGAAAUGCCUCGAGGUCGCUGACUCUGCCCGAGGGGGAAAUCUGUCCGGAGGUAUCUGGCAACGGGGAUCUGUUGCCAAUGAGCCAGCUGGUGCACAGGGGCGAUUUUUGGGUGCUGGUCUUCCUGCUGAUGACCCAAUUCUGUGCGUUCAUGGUGCAGCUUGAUUUGCAAGAGACUGUUUGCUUCCAGAUGCUGGGAGACAAACCCUACAAGUACGGCCUUCAGCGACUAUGGGGGACAGUGAGCUAUGGUGCCAUGGCUGUGCUAGGCGGAGCGCUGGUCGACUGGUAUUCUCAAGACUUGCCCCAGAAGGACUACCUGCCCGUGCACAUCCUGGUGGCCGUGUUCCUCACUUUAGACGUGGUCGUGGUGUCUCGCCUGCGGUUCGCGGUCCCCGAGAAGAAGAUCUCGUCCGCGGAGGUGACUCAGGUGUUCAAGCGGCCCACGGUCAUACUCACGCUGAUAACAACAGUGGUCUUAGGAAUGUGCAGCGGCAUGGUCUGGACUUUCCACUUUUCUCCUGGUCGAAGACACAGCUGCUCUCUGGGACCCCAACUUCGAGUAUUUAAAGCUCCUUCAGGGACUGCUUCUAGGGGUUCAGUGCUUGCUGUCGGAGGUACCCUGUUUCUUCCUGACUGGCAGAAUCAUCUCCAAACUCGGCUACAGCAAUUCCCUCUUCGUGUCCCUCCUGGGCUACGCCGUCCGCUUCUGCCUCUACGCCUUCGUCACGAACCCCUGGUGGUACCUGCCCGUCGAGAUGCUCCACGGCGUGUCCUUCUCGCUCAGCCUGGGAUGCGCCACGAUGUAUGCGAACAGCGUGACUCCUGUCGGGGCUGAGGCGACGAUGCAGGCGAUUUUCGGGUCGUCGCUUCACUGUGCAAAUGGUCUGGGCGGACUAGUGGGCGGCUGGCUCUUCCACGUGGCGGGCGGGUGGGCAGCCUUCCUGGUGAUGGGCGGCGGCGUGGGCGUGUAUGCUUUCCUGUACCUGGCGGCAGACCUGGGCGUGGCGAGGAGGU